CAAUCCAUAUCUCUUCUCUAAGCUCAUCAUAAUCAUCUGCUCCUCAAGCUAGCUCAUCAUUAUUCUCUUCUUAAAACAAAAAUAAAACCUCUUUUAAUUUCCUUCAUCAUCUUCUUCCAUCGUAUAAUCAGCUUCUAAACCUAAUCGGUUCCAGGUUAUUACAAAACAAAGUUCGAAGUUCGUCAUAUCAAAUCUCCUUGAGAUCUUGAUGAAAUAAAAUCCUAAUCUCUUGGAACGUCAAACAUGGAGAAGCUUCUUAAUCCGUACGAUAAGCAGUGCAUGAAAAUGGCUAUGCUUAAACAUGAAGAAACUUUCAAGCAACAGGUAUAUGAACUUCAUAGAUUAUAUCAAGUUCAGAAGAUAUUGAUGAAGAACAUGGAGAUUAACAAAUUUACUACCAAGAACAAUCAUGUAAACUCAGGUCUAGGACCAUUCAUCAGAAGAGUUGACCAUGAGAUUGACCGGCCGGCGAAUUUCUCCGGUGGUAAUAAUAUAGAGAUUAUGGAUGAGAGUGAGAUCGAGUUAACACUUGGUCCGUCGUGUUACGGUGGUGAUGAAUUGAUGAGGAUGAACAAGAAGAAGAAAAAGAACUCUUUGCCGGAGAUGAUGGACGGAAAUUUAAAUUCCGGUCGCCGGAGUUUCUCUUCGUCUUCGACAGGAUCAAGUAAUAACAAUAACAACAAUCUUGAAGAACAAGUGAGGCAAGAAAGAAUGAUGAAGCAUCAGAAGCAGCCAUGGCUUCAAGCAUUGACCUUGAAUGUUAUUUGAUAAUAAAUAAUAUUAAUUUUAACUGUAUUCUGAAAUAGAUUUGCAUCUCUUUUUUCAAUUUAGUAGUUUAAUUUUUAUUUUCUGAUGAGAUUGUUUUAUCAUGCUUCUUAUCAGGUGAUUUUUUUUCCUUUUUAUUUAAUGCUUAUCAGUAAUUUUCUUCUUUAGUAGUUCUUUUUAGGGUUCUUGUAAAUAAAAUCAAUAUUAAUGU